GUAUUAAAAGGGGCAAGAGGCGGCGGCGCCGGCCCCAGGACCAGGCCCUCGCUAUUGGGAGGAGGGUCAGAAGAUUCUGUUCACUGAGCCAACUGCACUAGGCACCAUGCAGCUCCUGACGAGGGUGCCGUCUGUCCCCGAGCUGGGGGAGCUGGACUGCAACAUCUGCUACCGGCCCUUCAACCUUGAGGGCCGAGCACCCCGCCGCCUGCCCGGGACGGCGCGCGCCCGCUGCGGCCACACGCUCUGCACCGCCUGCCUGCGCGAGCUGGCGGCGCGCGGCGACGGCGGUGGAGCGGCUGCCCGCGUGGUGCGCCUGCGUCGCAUCGUCACGUGCCCGUUCUGCCGCGCGCCCACCCCUCUCCCGCGCGGCGGGGUCACGGAGGUCGCUGUCGAUCCGGACUUGUGGUCGCGGUUGGAGAAAAAGAAGUUGGCCGACUGCGACCCGGACGAGGCGAGUAGCCGGACCAGGGGAACCGGCCGUGCUGACGACGAGGAAGAGGAGAGCGAGGAGGGGGCGGGGCCUAGGAGCGCUGGCUGGCGCGCGCUCCGGCGGCUCUGGUUCAGGGUUCUGGCGCCCGCGCGCCGCUGGCGGCGCCCGCUGCCUAGCAACGUGCUGUACUGCCCGGAGAUCAAGGACUUUGCCCACAUGACUCGCUGUACGCUGUAACAGGAAUUGCGAAGCUGCGGCAGAAGGAAGGUGGGAGCUGCAUUCUCGGGGAGUGCUUGAGUACCUGGGGUGACGCCCGAACUGCCCCCGUAGGUCCCGCAGAGGCCCUGCGGAGGGCGAGGCGCCGAGGGCCCGAGGGGGCGCCCGGGGAGGUUGUGGAUGCCGAGGUGGGGAGGCUUCUAGACGAACUCGCCCCCGGCGACUGCCGACUGUGCCAGCCUUGCGAGUUCAGGAUGGAGGAGCCCGGGGGUGAUUGACAGCACAGUGUACAUUCCCGUGGGAAGACGACAGACGGUUUCCUUUGCUGUGACUUUGGCUUUUGUCCAGGACAGCUCGGCUGUGUGGGAGCAACAGGUCCCAGUUAUAGCAAUUCUGUGUUCAAUGGCUUGAAAAAUAUAUAUAUAUAUAUAUUUUGUAAACUGAUGGGAGAGAAGAGGCUGGUUUCUUGUGACAUGUUAAUACCACUUUCCAGCAUGUAAAGGAGCUGUUUUUUUUUUAAUCCCUUCAGUGUUGGUACAUUGACUGUUUUCCCACUCCCAGUAUUGUGUGCUUGAAAUUAUUGAGAUGCCUCUCUGCAGGAAGUUAGGAUUCCAGCUGCAUUUUAGAACCACCCUUCAACCUGAUAGGGCAGGUGUCAGAAAGUCCAAGGUGUAUUCAUCACGAGAUGUGAUCAUGGAUAGAAGGAAGCCAUUUGAUAAAGGCAUCAUAGUUACCUUUUUAUACUAUCUGUGCUUUUUAUAGCCACAAGGAAGCAGUCACUGUUGAAAUAGAUAAUCGCACAAUUUUAUACUUGUAUCCCCUGAUUGGACAUCACUUAUAUGUCUGAUAGGGGCUCUAUUUAAUUUUUUAAUAUUUUGUGUUAUUUAUACAAGUUACCUAUAAAGAAAAUAAGAUUAAAGGGACGAUCUUAUAAUUUAUGACAAUACAGUUACUAUAGUCAAGGACAGCAUUGCUGGGAGCUUGUUGGAAGUGUAGAAUUUCAUGACUUCAGGAUAACUGAAUUAAAGUCUUCAUUUUAACAAGAAUUCCAGAUGAUAUGUGCAUUGUUCCAGAUCCUACACUGUAGGACAUCACCAUCUUUGAGUGAAUAUUAAAACUAUUGGUAUAAAUGAUACACGUUUACUGAAGGUUCUAAAGUGAAUUGUUGCUCAGUAAAUAUUAUGUUGCAUUUUCCUGAGUUGAAAACAUGAAACUUAGAGUAAAAAGUUCAAUUUUUGUAAGCAUAGUUUAACAUCUUCCUGUCCUUCAAUGUUGACUUAACUACUUCCUCUUGUGGAGGCAUUUCUCAGCAUUAUACUUAGUGUAGUCCCUCCCUUUAUAGUGCUCUGCUGCAGUGUUUUGUGUUUGGCUUUUUUUUUUUUUUUUCCUGAUGUGUGUGUCCUUUACUAGAUAAAUUCCAUGAGAACAAUGACUUGACAUAUCACUGUUGUAUCUCCAAGGUUAACAAUGUUAACAUACAGUGUUCAAUAAAUGUUUUUUGGACUUAUA